GGAGACGGGGAGCGGCGGCGCAGGAAUGCGCGGCGGCGCAGGCGGUGAGCGGUGGAACAUGUAAGGGCACAUCCCGCGAGCUGCAGCCCAGCGCGCAGACGGAGUUCAGGAGGGCUGCGGGCGGGCGUGCGGGCCGGCAAGCGCGGGGUACUGGAAGAGGCGCACGAGGCGGCUCUAGCGAGGCGGAGGAGCGCGGUGGUCUAAGCGGCGGGCGGGCGUAGGGCGCUCGAGGGGCACCGGCACGCUCUGCCCAGGCAGCUGUGUCCGCGCAGGCGGGCGCACCGGACAGUCGGGCGCAGGUGGGCAAGGCGCGCGGCCAUUCGGGCCUGGGCGCUGGCCGGCGCCGCACACCCGGAAGAGGCGCCACAUCAGCUGCAGCCUCGUCGCUUGCUCGGGACCUCGGUUUGCCCAUGACGGCGGCGGCGACCGUGCUCAAAGAGGGCGUGCUGGAGAAGCGCAGCGGAGGGCUGCUGCAGCUGUGGAAGCGCAAACGCUGCGUGCUCACCGAGCGCGGGCUGCAGCUCUUCGAGGCCAAGGGCACGGGCGGCCGGCCCAAGGAGCUCAGCUUCGCCCGCAUCAAAGCCGUGGAGUGCGUGGAGAGCACAGGGCGCCACAUCUACUUCACGCUGGUGACCGAGGGCGGUGGUGAGAUCGACUUCCGCUGCCCCCUCGAAGACCCGGGCUGGAACGCCCAGAUCACCCUGGGGCUGGUCAAGUUCAAGAACCAGCAGGCCAUCCAGACAGUGAGAGCUCGGCAGAGCCUCGGGACUGGAACCCUCGUGUCCUAAAACCACAGGCUGCCAUCUUACUAUCAUGCCCCCUGCCUCUAUGGUAUCCAGAGUUCAUGCCAGCUGCCUUGCAUCCCUUCACUGGUGGGGGUCAUAACUGUGCUCCACGUGUCUGAGGCAGAAGCCGUGGAUAUGGAGGAGGCAUCAGAGCUGAAGGAAUGACAGACCAAGGAAGGAGAGUAGAAAGCUGUGAGGCGCUGAAGAUGAAGAUUCAGCUCCUAAACAGACUGUCAGGACAUAAUCAGCUCAGCCUUCUCACCAUAGGCCUGGCCCCCGGUAUUGUGAUGUGAGCUGGCAUCAAAUUCUCUGCCAGCUGUGGCCCUUCCAUCAGUUCUGCAGACUGCUGUUGGCCCCUGGCCUUGCUCUAUGGCUGGAAGAGGGUACACUCCCAUGGGAUGCUAAGCCAACAGCUCAGGACUCAAGAGGCCAGCUUGGUAUCCAGAAGAUGCACCACCUUGGGACAGCCUCGGACUCAUCUUGAGGAGAGGGAGCUGCUGGGCCUGAGACUCACACCUGGGGGUCUCCUGCUGCUUAGGUCCUUUUGAGACCCCCACCAUCCAGGUCCUCUCUUUGCACACUUCUUUCCCCACCUCUACCCAUGUUCCCUCUUGUGGUGCUGGGCCUGGAGGGGGUGUGGGUAAGGUUUGGCCAUUACCAUUUCAUGCCUAUUCCAGAAUGAAGAUGCCCUGCAAAGGGUAGUAACCA